UACCACUCUACCUAUGCUGAGAGAUAUUUUUAGCAUAUUGAUGGAAAGGACAGCAGGAGAAAUUAAUAUCGACAUGCUGGAAAGUGGUAUCAAGGGCAUCGAUGGAGUCCAAAACAUUCACGACCUCCACGUAUGGGCUAUAACUGUCGGUGGCAUUUCAUGAUACUAUGCUGCCUUCUAGCCCAUACUAUCUGCAUCCAAAUGAAAAACCAGCUUUGGUUCUUGUUUCUCCUGUCUUAUCAAGCUCAAACUAUCACGCUUGGUCUCGAGCUAUGACAAUGGCAUUUCUAUUCAAAAACAAGCUCCAGUUUGUUGACGGCACCAUCACAGUUCCACCUCGAACGGAUCCUCUUUAUUCUGCCUGGGAACGAUGUAACACUAUGGUGCUUUCUUGGUUGCACCAUUCCAUCUCGCCCUCGAUCAUGAACAGUGUUCUUUGGCUCGACUUUGCUUAUGAUAUUUGGCGCGAUCUUCGUGAACGCUUUUCUCAAGGUGAUGUUUUCCGCAUUUCUGCUCUCCAAGAAGAGAUCAAUGCUUUCAAGCAAGAUGAUCGUUCCGUUACUGAUUACUUUACUGAGUUAAAAAUUCUCUGGGAUGAGUUGAUGAAUUUUCGACCAAUUCCAGUUUGUUCUUGUUCACCAUCUUGCUAUUGCGGUGUUUUUGUCACUCUCCAGAAAUAUCAUGAUAACGACUACGUUAUUCGUUUUCUUAAGGGUCUCCAUGAUCGGUUUGCUGCUAUUCGUUCUCAAAUCAUGCUUAUUGAUCCCUUGCCUCCAAUCAACAAAGUGUUUUCCCUAGUUAUUCAACAAGAACGUCACCUUCCUACUGGCUCAUCUCAGUUGUUUGUUAGCAACACAUUGCGCCACCACACUUCUUCAAAGAAACCUCAGGCUAAAUCAUCUAUUGAUUCACGGCAAUGUACCUUCUGUGGCAAAUCUAGGCAUACUGUUGAUACUUGUUAUGAAAAGCAUGGAUAUCCACCUGGUUAUAAGUCUCGAGGUCGGGCCUCUCGUGCACACACAGCCCUUAAUGAUUGUGCUGCACAACCUUUGGACUCUUCGCAGCAUGUUGAUAUUUUGCCAUCUGAUCCUUCUGUUACUUUGACACAAGAUCAGUUGCAACAGCUACUUGCAUUACUUCCAGCAUCUACCUCCCCACCUCAUGUUACCAAUACUGCUUCUUCCUCACAACCGAACCCUUCCCCAUCCUCAGGUAACCUCUUUUCUCUUCAAUCCCAUCAUUGGAUCAUUGACACAGGUGCCACUGAUCAUAUUGCUCACUCUUUAUUGUUUUUUGCUUCUUUUCAUUCCAUUAAACCUAUAUACAUCAACCUUCCAAAUGGCACUAAAGUUUGUGCUCGAAUUUCUGGUACAGUCAUUUUCAAUAAUAGUCUUUACAUUACUAAUGUUCUCUAUGUUCCUCAAUUUACCUUUAAUCUUUUAUCUGUCACUAAACUCACUGCUAUAUUACCUUGUUCCUUUACCUUUCAUAAAACUCAUUGUUCUAGACAGGCUCUUCCUUCUUCGAAGAUGAUUGGUACAGCUAGAGUGCUCCAUGGUCUUUAUAUUUUGGACUCCCCAGCUCAAACUUUUUCCAAUAUACUUGAGAAGUUUUCUUUCAUUAUUCUACAUCGGGAAACUUGUAUUGUCCUGCCAUGUCAAAGCUGACCCAGGAACUAGCUCUAAUGAAAUACUCAGUGAGAUCAGUGAUUACUGUGUAAAAACAUACAAUAUUCAUCACAAAUUGAGUAAUCUUUUGGUAGUUACUUCGGCUUAAAUGAUAUAUCAUUGAGUUAAUGACUUGGAAA